AUGGAUAAAGUUCUGAAAAAUAUUUAAUAUACUUUAGGUAUUUAGUUUUAUUAGGUAGAAAUUACAUAAUAUGAAUAAAAAGAAUUGUAAUAAAUGUUUUGCGUAAUAAAAGAUAAAAUGCAUUGCCUAGAAAGUUAGAAUUACACGAUUGAAAAAGAGGUAAGAGCAUUAAAAAGUGAAAAUGAUGAACUUUAAUAUUUUAUCCAGGAAAAAAAAUAAAUUCUUAACUAAUUAAGAUCUCUAAUUGAAAUUCUUGAAGUGUCUUAAGAAGAUUAAUAACUUGAUGGGGAUUCUUUAAUAAAAAUAUAUCACAUCUUAUAAACUUAUACUCCUAGAAAACAGUAAGUAGGAAUAGAUAUACUUUUAAAUAUUUAGACGGAAGAAUAAUAAAUUUUACAAUUAAAAAAAUUGUUAUAGUCGAUCGAGAAUUAAACCAUAGCCUUAGACAUGAAUGAUUUGUUUUGGUCUUGCAUUCGUUGUAGUAAAAUAUUAUAGGAAGGUCAAAAUGAAUAAACUUGCAUUUAUCAUUCUGGCAAAUUAAAAUAUUACUCUUGCAGAUCUUGUGGAGCUGAUGAAUAUUUUACUUGUUGUCAUUAAUGUCGAGAUUGCAAUUCGGGUUGCAAAAUUGGACUACAUAAACCAUGA